AUGCGUCUUCCAAAAAUUGAACUGUCACAUUUUAGCGGAGACCUGAAGGAUUACUUAGGUUUUUGGAGUCAGUUCCAAAGAAUACAUAGCGACAGUGAGCUAGCUGAAGAAGACAAAUUCCAGUAUUUGCUACAGUGCAUUUCACCGGGUAGCCGAGCUCGUGAAGUCAUUGAAAGUUUUCCGCCUACAGUGGAAAACUAUGGAAAGGCUAUCGACGCACUGAAAAGUAGAUUUGGAAGAGAAGAGUUGUUAAUCGAAUACUAUGUCCGUGAAUUAUUGUAUCUUGUAGUGAAAAAUGCGACAGAAAAGAGAAGAAAUUUUGAUGUUGCAAAAUUAUAUGACAAGUUAGAGUCCCAUCUCAGAUCGUUGGAAUCGUUAGGCUUGACAAGUGAGAAGUAUGAAUCAAUUAUGUUUCCCCUAGUAGAAUCUUGCAUUCCCGAGGAUGUGCUGAGAGUUUUGCUGCGGAAUCCAACACAGGCAUAUGAAGAAAAUGAAGCUUCUGGUAGUUAUGGAAGCAAGCUAAGGAAUUUGCUCUCAUUUUUGAAACGCGAGGUAGAGGGGGAAGAGCGGUUACAACUAGCUAGAAAUGGAUUCGAUGGAACCCGUGAACGGUGGAAGUUAAAAAAAGCGCAAAACGACGAAGAGGUCAUUCCUACCGCCAGCACUCUGGUUUCAAGUGACCAAUCCAAAAGACAGUCGUCCUGGGACAAGUGCGUAUUCUGCGACAAGAUUCAUGAGAGUAGAGAUUGCUAUCUCGCGCAAAGCUGGUCAUUAGAUAAGAAGAAAAAAGCGGUGGGCAAUAAAAAAGCCUGCUAUGUUUGUUUCAAGGCAAACCACAGGGCCAAAGAAUGCAAAUCAAAGGUCAAGUGCAUGAUGUGUUCCAAACGGCAUCACACCAUUAUGUGUUUCGAGUUGCCAGUAAAUAAAAGGGAGGAAACAGCGAGCGAACCAAUUAUUGAUACGAGUAAGGUGUUGGUCGCCAAAGAGGGUAAUGAAGUUCUUCUACAGAAUACCCUUGUAAAUAUUGAGGCCAACGGAAAAAGGAAGCUGGUGAGAGCUCUUCUAGAUAGUGGCUCACAAAAUUCUCACAUAUUGAAGAUAACUGUAGUAGAAAUGGGUCUUAAACCUAUGGCAAGAAGAAAUUUAGCCCACUCCGUUUUCGGCGGUGGAACAACAAGUGUGAAAGACCAUGGCCGUUACAAAAUCACUCUUAAACCUCUAAAUGGAACGUUUUAUCUGGAUAUACAAGUUUUGGAUCAGCAGACUAUAUGUGGAGAAGUUCCGAGGCUUAAAAGAGGACCUUGGGAUGUAGAAUUAUCUAAGAAAAAGAUAUGGAUUACGGACUCUGGAAAAGGACUGCCGGACAUAGAGUUAUUAAUUGGAGCGGACUUUUGUGGAGAGUUAUUCACUGGAAAGAUGGAGCAUCUUCAAUGUGGAUUAAUUGCUUGUGAAACCCACUUAGGCUUGGCUAGUAACGGGAAAGGUUCGUGGAUCUACUUUUGA